UUUUUUACCAGAAGGGAGUUGUUUGUAAACGUGAACGUUUACUUAUAUUUGCACUUUUUUUUUUUUUUUUCUUCAAUCAAUUGAAUAUUGUUUUUAAAUUUGGAAAUAGAAUUUAAAUUUUAGAAUGCGGCGUUUAAUAUUGGUGGUAUUGGAGUGUGUCCUGUUUUUGACAUUGUCAGUUUCGAGUGAACCAGUUACAAAACGAGAAGCUCCAUUGGAUACUUACGGGGCUCCUCCACCACAACAAAAUUUUGGUGGACCUUCUUCAUCUUAUGGGGCACCUGCACCAACUUACGGAGCACCAGCACCAACUUAUAGUGCACCAGCACCUUCUUAUGGACCACCAGCACCUUCUUAUGGACCACCAGCACCUUCCUAUGGUCCACCAGCACCUUCCUAUGGUCCACCAGCUCAAUCAUAUGGACCACCAGAACCUAGUGGUUAUGAUUAUUCACCACCACAACCACAACAACCAUCUGGUACAUGGGAAAAAAAAUUAAAAUGGAAAAUUGAAUAUAAACAAAUAUGGCAAGAAAAAAAAAAUUUAGAAUGGAAAAAAGAAUGGAAAAAAGUUCAGGUACCAGCAUGGAAAGAAAUACAAGUUCCAGCAUGGAAAGAAACACAAGUUGAACAAUGGAAAAAAGUACAAAAACCAAAAGUAAUAUGGACCGAAGAAAAUGUUAAAGUUUGGGUACCAUCAAAAAAACAAGUUUGGAUACCACAAAAAGUUAAAAUUUGGAAAGAUGAAUGGAAAAGUCAUACAGUACCAGUUUGGAAAAAAACUAAGGUGCCAGCAUGGAAGAAAGUAACAAAGCCAGUAUGGGAGAAAGUUUGGGUACCAAAUGAACAUCACGAGGAAGAACAUCAUCACGAUGAACAUCCUGGCUAUCCAUAAA